GUCAAAGUCGUCACGAUGGAUGCUGAGAUGGACUUCAGCUGUGAGAUGAAAUGGAAAGGAAAGGAUUUAUUUGAUCUGAUAUGUCGAACACUAGGGCUCCGGGAAACCUGGUUUUUUGGCCUGCAAUAUACUAUUAAAGGAGUUUGUGCUUGGCUAAAGAUGGAAAAAAAGGUUUUGGAACAAGAAAUUCCGAAGGAAGAUCCCAUAAAAUUCCAUUUUUUGGCCAAGUUUUACCCAGAGAAGGUGGAGGAAGAACUCCUUCAAGAAGUCACUCAACACCUUUUCUUCCUGCAGGUGAAGAAACAGAUAUUGGAUGAAGAAAUCUAUUGUUCUCCGGAGGCCACUGUUUUGUUGGCUUCAUAUGCUGUCCAGGCCAAGUAUGGAGACUAUGACCCUAACUUUCAUGAGCCAGGCUUCUUAGCCCAGGAUGAACUGUUGCCCCAAAGAGUCCUCAAGCAGUAUCAGAUGACAGCCCACAUGUGGGAAGAAAAGAUAACAGCCUGGUAUGCAGAGCACAGGGGUAUUGCCAGGGAUGAAGCCGAGAUGAACUAUCUGAAAAUUGCCCAAGAUUUGGCUAUGUAUGGUGUCAAUUACUUCCCCAUCGAAAAUAAGAACCAUACAGAUCUCUUGCUUGGUGUAGAUGCUAAAGGUAUCCAUGUUUACAGCAUCAAUAACCGGUUCUCUCCAAACAAAUCUUUUGAAUGGAGUGCCAUCAGAAACAUUUCUUAUAGUGAGAAAGAGUUAACGAUUAAGCCUCUUGACAAAAAGGCAGAAGUUUUCAAGUUCUUUUCCUCACAGCUGAAGGUGAAUAAGUUGAUCCUCCAGCUGUGUAUUGGAAACCAUGACCUAUUCAUGAGGAGGAGAAGAGUGGAUUCCAUUGAGAUUCAGCAGAUGAAAGCUCAAGCCAAGGAAGAAAAAGCUCGGAAGAAAGUGGAGCAUCAGAGGUUAGCCAGGGAGAAACAGCUCAGAGAAGAGGCUGAGAGAGCCAAGGAUGAGCUGGAAAGGAGGUUGUUUCAGUUGGAAGCUGAGGCCCGACAAGCCAAUGAGGCCUUACUCCACUCCAAAGAAACAGCAGAGCUGCUGGCAGAGAAGGCACAGAUCGCCGAGGAGGAGGCCAAGCUGCUUGCCCAGAAUGCUGCUGAGGCUGAGCAGGAACGCCAGAGGCUGGAGAUGGCAGCCCUGAAAACCAAAGAGGAGAAACGUCUGAUGGAGCAGAAAGUGCGAGAGGCAGAAAUGAUUGCUGCCAAACUGGUCAAGGAAUCAGAUCUCAGAACCAAGGAAACCGAAUACCUGAGACAAGAUCUGAGCGAGGCCAGAGAAGCUGAGCGUCGAGCAAAGCAGCGGCUCCUGGAUGUCACCCGAGUCUCUCAUCCUGUAUGUUGGCUCAUUGGCCCUUUACUGAGAUUGUGGGCAGCAGGAGAGGCAUAA